CUAAAGGCGGACUCGAAAUACAGUUGUACGUACAGUUGCCGGCGAAUCGCGAUUCACCACAGUAUAGAUUCCAAUAAUAAUCUUCCAUUUUCAAUUCCCGGCCACAACCAGAUGCGUGGAAGAAGGGAGGAUUGGGAAAGCUCUCCUCCCCCUUCUUCUGCGGUGCCGAUGCAAAGCAAACCCUAUUGGAUAUUGAUCUGACUCUGAAAGGAAGAUAAUCAGUCGCCGGCGAACUCCAUGGAAGCCUUCGCAAAGCUGCCACGUCGCGCGUCCUCGCCCCCCCGCCUCUUUAUUCCCUCCCGGACUCCCGUUGCCCCCCUUAACCGUAAGCAGCACCAUCUUAACAUAUGGAUCUUCUUUUCCGUCGCUGCAGCGGUCUCGUUGUUCCUUUACGUUCUUGUGGCUUCGAAAAGGAUCGAUUACCCUCGUUUCAGCGUUGUCAUCGACGCCGGGAGUACGGGGACUCGCCUCCAUGUCUACGGCUACACGAUGUCGCCGGAAACGAAGCUUCCCGUGCUCGAUCAAGCCUCGACAUCGGAAAUGAAGGUGAGGCCGGGACUCUCGUCUUACUCGGGGGAUCCGUCGAGCGCAGGAGCCGCGCUGGUUGAGCUUCUGGAUUUCGGAAAGGGGAAGAUUCCAAAGAAUCAAUGGGGUAAUACCGAGAUCAGGUUAAUGGCAACCGCGGGCCUGCGGAUGCUUGAUGAUGGAGUUAGGGAGAAGAUUUUGGAUUCCUGUAGGAGGGUCUUGACAACUUCUGGAUUCCAGUUCCGAGAUGAUUGGGCCAGUGUGAUCUCAGGCUCUGAUGAAGGGGUUUUUGCCUGGGUUGCUGCAAACUAUGCCCUUGAUAUGCUAGGUCGAGAUCUUCAAGAGACCACUGGGAUAAUUGAGCUUGGCGGGGCUUCUACUCAGAUAACAUUUGCUACUAAAGAAUCCCUACCAUCUGAAUUCGCUCACAUUGUUAAGUUUGGAGGAGCUACUUAUAACCUUUAUAGCAACAGCUUCCUUGGGCUUGGUCAGAAUGUGGCACAUGAUUCGGUUAAGAAAUUGCUCAGCUCCAGAGGUCUGACAUCAGCAGAAGAAUCUCCCGCCAGUAGGGUUUAUACUGAUCCAUGCUCUCCUAGCGGAUAUUCACACACCGGGAUGUCACCUGCAGUCUCUGUUGUGAUCCCUAGUUCCAGCUUGGAACGUCAGUCCAUUGCUCAUGCCAGUGGCAACUUUUCAGAAUGCAAAUCUGCCGCACUGUUGCUGUUACAAAAGGAAAAAGAUAGAUGCCUGUAUCAGCAGUGUCACUUGGGUUCAAGCUACGUACCUAACCUACAAGGGAAAUUCCUAGCAACUGAGAAUUUCUUUUUCACUUCAAAGUUCUUUGGGCUGGGGCCUGUGCCAAUUCUAUCCGAUUUGGAGUCAGCCGGUCAACAGUUUUGUGAAGAAGAUUGGAUGAAACUCAAAAGCAAAUAUCAAACGCUAGCGGAGGAAGAUUUCACCAAGUAUUGCUUCUCCGCAGCAUAUAUUGUGGCCCUAUUGCAUGACAGUCUUGGGAUAGCAAUGACUGAUAAAAGGCUGUGGUUUUCAGAUAAUGUGCAAAAUAUCCAAGUUGACUGGGCUCUUGGUGCAUUCAUUAUGAAAACUAUGGAGCAGAUGGGUUGGAUUGCGUUUAUAUCGCAUGACAGGUUUUUCACACUUUUUGGCAUCAUCGUAUUAUCUUCACUCCUGAGCUUUGCUAUCUGGUUGAUACUAAGAUUGCGAAAACCACAACUGAAAACUGUAUACGACUUGGAAAAAGGGCGUUAUAUUGUAACUAAAGUCAGUAGAUGAUUUUUGUGUAAUUGCUUCACAAGGUUAGUGGUGUCAGGGCCUGCCUGUAAUCAUAACAUUAUCCUUAAAUUUCAUUUGAUUCUUUUGUUUAUUUUUAACUUGUUCCAUAGAGCUAAGAACUGAAUAGAGGGGGCUGUGAGUCCCCAUUUAUAUUAUAGAAUGUGUUCAUGACUUCAUUUC